AGGAGCUUGAAGAGAUCCGCAGAUCUUCAUCGCAUAACUUUUGUAAUAUCCAGGUUGAUGAAGCCAACCUUCUGACCUGGCAGGGUCUCAUCGUUCCAGACAAUCCUCCAUAUGACAAAGGUGCAUUUAGGAUUGAAAUUAACUUCCCAGCAGAGUACCCAUUUAAACCACCCAAGAUCACAUUCAAAACCAAAAAUCUACCACCCGAAUAUUGAUGAGAAGGGCCAGGUAUGUCUGCCGGUGAUCAGCGCCGAAAACUGGAAACCCGCAACCAAAACUGACCAAGUCAUUCAGUCACUUAUUGCCCUGGUCAACGAUCCCCAACCAGAGCAUCCCCUGCGUGCAGACCUAGCUGAAGAAUACUCAAAGGACCGUAAAAAAUUCUGUAAGAAUGCCGAAGAGUUUACAAAGAAAUACGGAGAGAAGCGACCUGUGGACUAG